UCUACCGCGGUAAUGCUGCUAUCGCGAGAGUUGCUCAGACGAGGGAUUUCGAUAGGAAGGGUUGCGCUGGUGGGGUAUAAAAGGAAUUCCUAAAUAUGAGUGAUGACAAACCAUUCUUAUGUUCUGCUCCUGGAUGUGGUCAGCGAUUUACAAAUGAAGAACAUUUGGCUGUCCACGAACACAAACAUGAGAUGACAGUAAAGUUUGGUCCAGCAAGAGACAACAGUGUCAUAGUUGCCGACCAAACGCCAACACCUACAUGCUUUUUGAAGAACUGUGAGGAAGUUGGACUCUUCAACGAGCUUACCAGUCCUAUGGAGCAGGACUUCAAAAUAGCUGCUGUGGAUGACAUGAAAAAGAUGCCCUUGGAUUUGUCACCUCUUGCCACACCGAUGAUCAUACAAAACAAAAUUGAGGACCACUCAGCUGUGGCGGCACAUCGGGGCAGCCCUCUGCCCCAUCCGGAAUCUACAACAAGGGAUGACAAGUUAUCUUUGCAGCCGUCCUCACUGCCAAGCUCUACUGUAGUCCAUCCUGCAUCCCUCCAAGUCCCCAAUGUACUUCUUGCAACCUCCGACGCUAGUGUUGUUAUACAGCAAGUUCUCCCAUCGCCAACAUCUAGCUCUGUAAUUACCCAAGCCUCAUCCUCUAAAAGGCCAAUAGUUCCAGUCUCUGGCACUUUCCCUGUACUCUUUCAGCUGCCUAAUGGACAGACCAUGCCCGUCGCUAUCCCAGCAACCAUUGCAUCCAGUUUACACAUUCCAACCGGCAUUCCUAAGCUGAAAGCAGUAGUGAGCCAGCAGCUCCCUCAGGUAACCAGUGGAGAUGCUGGUGUUGUCCAGAGCAGUGCUGUGACCCACACUGCAGCCCCAGCCCUGGCUCCAGCCUUGGCCCCUUCCCCUGGUCCAGACCCAUCACCUGUCCCUGCCCCGCCUGUGGAACCCUGCCCCCAGCCCCUCCAUCAGCCUGCCACCUCCACCACUGCGUCCCCUGCCCAGCACACCACAACCACAGGGGGCCGGCAACGCAGAGCCACCAGCGAAGACCCAGACGAGAAGAGGCGCAAGUUCCUGGAACGCAACCGAGGGGCGGUGUCCCGCUGCAGACAGAAGAGGAAGGUCUGGGUGUCUUCACUGGAGAAGAAGGCUGAGGACCUCAACUCUAUGAACGGACAACUACAGAAUGAAGUCACCCUGCUGAGAAAUGAAGUGGAUCAGCUGAAGCAUCUUCUUCUGGCUCAUAAAGAUUGUCCUGUAACCACCAAGAAGAAGAAAUCUGCCUAUCACAGCUCAGGUCCAGGCACUCAGCUACAGCAGGUGGGAGGAAAUUACCCAGCCUACCCUACAAACAUACCAGGCCGUGCUUCCUCUUGGCGCACCAAAUUGUCUAUCUGCUUCUGCGUCUGAGGAGGACAGCUAUGAGGAGAUGUCAGUCCCAGACAGCCUUCAGAGCGAGGCCAUCCAGCACAGCUCCGUCAGCAUAUCCAACAGAGUCAGCACCUCCUCCAUGACCCCUGCGGCCUCCGCCCCUGCUUCAGCCCACGUCCCAACCACAGCAUCCCAGAGCACAGAGGAAGACCAGCCACAGGGGGGUGCUGCCCUGUUCACCACCCAGACUCAGCCCUCUGGAAGCUGAUCAACCCCACCACACCACAGGCAGUGGCCCACCCUCACUGGGGAAAGGAACUCUCACUCUGUGUCAGUUUGGACUAUACUGUUUCCUUUUUCUUUUGACUUUUAAACUUGUCUAAUAAAACAAUGAAUUUUUAA